UCUCUCUCUCUCUCUGUCGAAUUCCAUCAACUUUUUUUGAUCUUCACCAAUCGCCAUCGUCAUGUUAAUGCUCGUAAACUGCUCAAACUGCCGCACGCCACUGCAGCUCCCGCCAGGCGCCCAGUCCAUCCGCUGCGCCAUCUGCCAUGCCAUCACCCGCAUAGCGGAGCCCCGCAGCCUCCAACCACCACCGGCACCGCCAUCCUCCACCCACCACCCGUACGGGGCCGCACCGUCCAUGGCUCCAUCUCCUUACAACCACGCCCCUCCUGGCCCCUCUCCCUCCGUCCACGGCCGCAAGCGGGCCGUCAUCUGCGGUAUUUCCUACAAGAACUCCUCGCACGAGCUCAAGGGUUGUAUCAACGACGCCAAGUGCAUGAAAUAUUUGCUCGUCAGUCGGUUCCACUUCCCCGAGUCCUCCAUUCUCAUGCUCACCGAAGAAGAAACUGAUCCUUACAGGCGUCCAAUUAAAAGCAACAUUCGAAUGGCAAUGUAUUGGCUUGUGCAAGGUUGUCAACCAGGAGACUCUUUGGUUUUUCACUAUUCUGGCCAUGGUUCACAGCAGAGGAACUACACUGGAGAUGAGGUGGAUGGAUAUGAUGAAACACUCUGCCCCUUAGAUUUUGAAACUCAGGGGAUGAUUGUUGAUGAUGAGAUCAAUGCAACGAUUGUUCGGCCUCUUCCUCCGAGGGUUAAGCUCCACGCAAUCAUAGACGCUUGCCAUAGUGGCACCGUAUUAGAUUUACCAUUUCUCUGCAGGAUGGAUAGGAAUGGAAGGUAUAUGUGGGAGGACCAUCGCCCAAGAACAGGUAUGUGGAAAGGAACAAAUGGUGGGGAAGUCAUAUCCUUCAGUGGCUGUGAUGAUGAUCAGUCCUCAGCAGAUACUCUGGCUCUAUCAAGGAUCACUUCUACUGGUGCCAUGACUUAUUCUUUCAUUCAAGCCAUCGAGCGUGGGCACGGAGCUACUUAUGGAGCCAUGCUAACCGCAAUGCGGUCUACCAUUCGAAACACCGAUGAUAGUCUAGGGGGUGGUGGUCUAGUGACAUCUCUUCUCACCAUGCUUUUAACAGGAGGGAGCGGUGGCGGGUUGAGACAGGAACCACAGCUAACUGCAAAUGAACCAUUUGAUGUGUAUGCAAAGCCUUUCUCCCUAUAAAUAUUAGAGGCUGAUAAUCAUUCUUCACUGUGACUCUGGCCUUGAGUGUGUGUACAGAUGCCGGGAAAACCCAUUUCUGCAAUAUGAUUGCAUUUCAUUGUGUUCUAAGGUUUUGUUUAAUUAUUAUACUUGUGUUCGACGCUUUCCUGACUUCAACAAAGAAAAAUGUCAUACCUUGAAGUAGGAUUUUAAGAUAUGGAGGACGUAAG